AAAGAGGUGUGGUAAAAAUAGACAGGAAGUAGGGAAGUGCGUUGUGUUUACAACACAAAUAGAAAUCGUCUGACAACAGAGCAAAGUCAGUAACUUUUUUUCAAUUUCGAAGAAAAUGUGGAAAGCAGCAGCAGGCCAUAAUGUUCAGAUGGAUAACGGAGACGACGACGAUUGGGAAACCGAUCCUGAUUUUGUGAAUGAUGUUUCCGAGAAGGAACAAAGAUGGGGAGCAAAAACUGUGGAAGGCUCAGGUCACAUGGAAUCAAUUAACAUCAACGAUCUAAGAAAGAAUGUCACUAAAGAUCAUCAAGAUAUUAAGAAAGAUGAAGCGGAGAAAGGACCCAAAGCAUCUUACGGAUAUGGUGGUAAAUUUGGGGUUCAGAAAGAUAGAAUGGAUAAGUCUGCUUUGGGUCAUGAUCAUGUUGAAGACCUGUCCAAGCAUAGCUCUCAAGUUGAUGCAGCCAAGGGAUUUGGUGGCAAGUUUGGAGUUCAAAAAGACCGCGUUGAUAAGUCUGCUGUUGGCUUUGAUUAUGAAGGCAAAACUGAAAAACAUGCCUCGCAAAAAGACUAUUCCAAGGGAUUUGGUGGAAAAUAUGGCGUUCAGAAAGACAGAGUUGAUAAGUCAGCUGAGGGUUGGGAGUACCAGGCCGAGUUGGAAAAACAUGAAUCGCAGAAAGAUUACAGCAAAGGAUUUGGUGGUAAAUAUGGCAUUCAAAAAGAUCGCGUUGACAAGAGUGCUGAAGGUUGGGAUUAUGAAGGAAAAACAGAAAAACAUGCUUCUCAGAAAGACUAUUCAACUGGUUUUGGCGGAAAGUACGGGGUCCAAACAGAUCGAGUCGAUAAAAGUGCUGAAGGUUGGGAUUAUGAAGGAAAAACAGAGAAACAUGCUUCUCAGAAAGACUAUUCAACUGGUUUUGGAGGAAAGUACGGGGUCCAAACGGAUCGAGUCGAUAAGUCCGCAGUGGGAUACGAAUACCAAUCGGUAACAGAGAAACAUGCUUCGCAAAAAGAUUAUUCUGCUGGAUUCGGCGGGAAAUAUGGUGUGCAAACCGAUCGUGUUGACGAGUCUGCCGGAACAUUCGAAGACAUGAGCGAUGUGAAAUCGACUUACAAAACAGCGAAGCCAAGCGUGAGCACAGGAGCUGCGGGAAGUCUGAAAGCGCGCUUUGAAAACAUGGCGAAAGCCGGCGAAGAGGAAGACAGAAAGAGAGCCGAAGAGGAGAAGGCCCGUCGCAUUGCACGGGAGAAGAGAGAACGCGAAGCAGCCGAAAGACGACAGGCUCAGGAGGCAGAACGGGAAAGAGCUGCUCAAGAAGCAGAGGAAUCCGAAAGAGCCGAAGCAGAACGUGCAGAGGCCGAACUGGCCGAAGCUGAGGCGAGAGAACGCGAGGAAGCAGAACGUGCUGAAGCUGAGGCGAGAGAACGCGAGGAAGCAGAACGUGCCGAAGCUGAGGCGAGAGAACGCGAGGAAGCAGAACGUGCCGAAGCUGAGGCGAGAGCACGCGAGGAAGCAGAACGUGCCGAAGCCCCUGGCGGUAAUUAUGAAGACACUGGCGAUGAUUAUGGCUACAAUGAACCAGAGGAUGAUCAUCUUUACGGCAACGUUGAUGAUACUGUCGACACUGGUGUAACAGCUGUUGCCUUAUACGAUUAUCAAGCAGCUGAUGAUGACGAACUGACGUUUGACCCCGACGAGAUAAUCACAAACAUCGAGCAGAUAGACGAAGGAUGGUGGCGUGGCUGCUGUCGCGGAAAAGUUGGCAUAUUUCCCGCAAAUUAUGUCGAAUUGCAGUAAAACGUAUCGCAAAAAUUUGCUGGAAAUUAAUUUGGCAUUUUACACCUUUCGCUCAUGCUAUAGUUUGUCGUCGUUGCGAAAGACUUCAUUCGAAAUAAGUUAUUCAAUUGUGUCGUGGUAUGAAAUGCGAACUUUAGUGAACAAAUUUUUUUAUUUUGGAAAAAUUAAUUCGGAUACUGGACAAUUCAUUUUUCCAAAUAGUUCAAUAUCGAUGAUGUUUUGUUGACCGAAAGUUUAUUCUCGUCAAAGAAUGAAGCGAAUUCUUAAUGUCAUUAAAUUUUUGCUAUUCAAGUGUUGCCGUCGUAAUAUUAUAUACUUUUCUUUUGAUCAAGACAUGUAAUCGGUAGUUUAUCGUUUUAUAGGAAAUAUAAUUUUUUACAACUGA